AUGAAAACCAUUGCAAUCCUCCUCUCCUUCCUCCCCAUGCUGGCAACCGCCAACAUCGGCUUUGGCUGGUCCAUCGCCAACGUCUCAACCUCAGGCCUAAAGGACAUAACCUUUCCAAUGACCAUGCCUCGUGCAAAACACGAAAACGGGCUGUACUUCGCGCAGCAGUUCGGCUUCGUCGGCUGCGAUGACGUCGGCUACACGGGUCUGCAACCGAGAUCCGACACCGAAAACGGGACUAGCAUCGUGCACGCUGUGUUCUCGAGCUUUGUUGCUGGAACGACGACAACAGAUUCCGAGCACUGCGAUGAUGGUGCGGAUGGUGGUCCGGGUGUCAGUUGUGCUGUUGAUGUCCCCGCGCCGUAUUCACGGCCGUAUAAUCUUGUUAUCAAGAAUGUACAUGAUACUACCUGGACCGGCACUCUUGUUGAUGCGAUCGCGGGCAACGCAACGCAUAUCGGGAUUUAUACGCUUCCCGCGGGCACUGGUGGGAUUCAGGAAUCUCAACUGGGCUUUGUGGAGUAUUUCCUGUUUAACUCAGAGACGGGAGGUGGAUGCGGCAAGAUGCCAAAGGCAGAUGCGACGUUCUGGGCGCCGCGGACGAAUACUUCGGGUUUGGGCGUUGGAAAGCUGGAAAAGCCCUAUCCUUAUGGUGAUUGUGCGGAGGAGGGGGACUUUCAGACAACCCGCGUUGGAGGGGGAGGGUAUAGGGUUACUAUCGGAUUUGUCUAA